AAUUCCAACCUCGUUCUCCAAGCCGAUCGUUCCCUGAUCGACCGGACCCGGCGGGAUGAGCCCACGGGGGAGGUUCUGUCCCUGGUGGGCAAACUGGAGGGGACCCGAAUGGGGGACAAAGCCCAGAGGACCAAGCCCCAGAUGCAGGAGGAGAGAAGAGCCAAGAGGAGGAAACGUGACGAGGACAGACAUGACAUCAACAAGAUGAAGGGCUACACGCUGCUCUCCGAGGGCAUUGAUGAGAUGGUGGGGAUCAUCUACAAGCCCAAGACCAAGGAGACCCGUGAGACCUAUGAGGUGCUGCUGAGCUUCAUCCAGGCAGCUCUGGGGGACCAGCCUCGUGACAUCCUCUGUGGAGCUGCUGACGAGGUCCUGGCGGUGCUGAAGAACGAGAAGCUGCGGGACAAGGAGAGGAGGAAGGAGAUUGAUCUUCUGCUGGGCCAGACCGACGACACCCGGUACCACGUGCUGGUCAACCUGGGCAAGAAGAUCACAGAUUAUGGAGGAGACAAGGAGAUCCAGAACAUGGGUAUGGGAAAGGCCCCAUCCCUGGGGGUUGGAACGUGCUGGGUGUCUGGGAGAGAGAAGCUCCAAACUCUUGCUCCACACUGUCCCCUGGCAGGGCCAUAACAUUUUGUGGGGGGGUUUCUUCAGCUUGUGGCAUCAGGGGAGCUGAUGAGCUCCAAGAAGAAAGACCUGCACCCUCGAGACAUCGACGCCUUCUGGCUCCAGCGCCAGCUGAGCCGCUUCUAUGACGACGCCAUCGUUUCCCAGAAGAAGGCAGAUGAAGUCCUGGAGAUCCUGAAGACUGCCAGCGAUGACCGGGAAUGUGAGAACCAGCUCGUGCUGCUCUUGGGCUUCAACACCUUUGACUUCAUCAAGGUCCUGCGGCAGCACCGGAUGAUGAUCCUGUACUGCACCUUGCUGGCCAGUGCCCAAAGCGAAGCGGAGAAGGAGCGGAUCAUGGGGAAGAUGGAAGCAGAUCCAGAACUUUCCAAGUUCCUGUACCAGCUGCACGAGACAGAGAAGGAGGAUCUGAUCCGGGAGGAACGUUCUCGCCGGGAGCGCGUCCGUCAGUCCCGCAUGGACACUGACUUGGAGACCAUGGAUCUGGACCAAGGAGGAGAGGCACUGGCUCCUAGGCAGGUGCUGGACCUGGAGGACCUGGUGUUUGCCCAAGGAAGUCACUUCAUGGCCAACAAGAGGUGCCAACUCCCCGACGGCUCCUUCCGCCGGCAGCGCAAGGGCUACGAGGAGGUGCAUGUGCCUGCCCUCAAGCCAAAGCCUUUUGGCUCUGAAGAGCAACUGGUUUCGGUGGAAAAGUUGCCCAAAUAUGCCCAGGCUGGAUUUGAGGGAUUUAAAACCUUGAACAGGAUCCAGAGCAAACUCUACCGCGCGGCGCUGGAGUCGGAUGAGAACCUGCUCCUCUGUGCUCCCACGGGUGCUGGGAAGACCAAUGUGGCCCUCAUGUGCAUGCUGAGGGAAAUAGGGAAGCACAUCAACAUCGAUGGGACCAUCAACGUGGAUGAUUUCAAGAUCAUCUACAUUGCACCCAUGAGGUCCUUGGUGCAGGAGAUGGUGGGCAGCUUUGGGAAGCGUUUGGCCACCUACGGCAUCAACGUGGCCGAGCUGACCGGGGACCACCAGCUGUGCAAGGAGGAGAUCAGUGCCACCCAGAUCAUUGUCUGCACCCCAGAGAAGUGGGACAUCAUCACCCGCAAGGGAGGGGAACGUACCUACACCCAACUGGUGCGACUGGUCAUCCUGGAUGAGAUCCACCUCCUGCACGAUGACAGAGGACCUGUCCUGGAGUCCCUGGUGGCCAGAGCCAUCCGCAACAUCGAGAUGACCCAGGAGGACGUGAGGCUGGUGGGGCUGAGUGCCACCCUCCCCAACUACGAGGACGUGGCCACCUUCCUGAGGGUGGACCCAGCCAAGGGCUUGUUCUACUUUGAUAACAGCUUCCGCCCCGUGCCCCUGGAGCAGACCUAUGUGGGCAUCACAGAGAAGAAAGCCAUCAAACGUUUCCAGAUCAUGAAUGAGAUUGUCUAUGAGAAGAUUAUGGAGCAUGCUGGGAAGAACCAGGUGUUGGUGUUUGUUCACUCCAGGAAGGAGACUGGGAAGACAGCCCGGGCCAUCAGGGACAUGUGCCUGGAGAAGGACACCCUGGGCCUCUUCCUGAGGGAGGGCUCAGCCUCCACCGAGGUGCUGAGGACCGAAGCUGAGCAGUGCAAGAACCUGGAGCUGAAGGACCUGCUUCCCUACGGCUUCGCCAUCCACCACGCGGGCAUGACCCGGGUGGACAGGACCUUGGUGGAGGAUCUCUUUGCUGACAAGCACAUCCAGGUGCUGGUCUCCACAGCCACCCUGGCCUGGGGUGUCAACCUCCCUGCUCACACUGUCAUCAUCAAGGGGACCCAGGUUUACAGCCCUGAGAAGGGACGUUGGACCGAGCUGGGGGCUCUGGACAUCCUGCAGAUGCUGGGCCGUGCUGGGAGGCCCCAGUAUGACACCAAAGGAGAAGGCAUCCUCAUCACAUCCCAUGGGGAGCUUCAGUAUUACCUGUCCCUGCUCAACCAGCAGCUCCCCAUCGAAAGUCAAAUGGUGUCCAAGCUCCCAGACAUGCUGAAUGCAGAGACUGUCCUGGGCAACGUCCAGAAUGCCAAGGAUGCAGUGAACUGGCUGGGCUACACCUACCUGUACAUCCGCAUGCUGCGCUCGCCCACGCUCUACGGGAUCUCCCACGAGGACCUGAAGGGGGAUCCCCUGCUGGACCAGCGCCGCCUGGACCUGGUCCACACUGCAGCCCUCAUGCUGGACAAGAACAACCUGGUCAAGUAUGACAAGAAGACAGGGAACUUCCAGGUGACAGAGCUGGGUCGCAUCGCCAGUCAUUACUACAUCACCAAUGAGACCAUGCAGACCUACAACCAGCUCCUGAAACCCACCCUGAGUGAAAUCGAGUUGUUCCGGGUCUUCUCCCUCUCCUCGGAAUUCCGGAAUAUCACCGUGAGAGAGGAGGAGAAGCUGGAGCUCCAGAAGCUGCUGGAACGAGUUCCCAUCCCAGUGAAGGAGAGCAUAGAGGAGCCCAGUGCCAAGAUCAAUGUGCUCCUCCAGGCCUUCAUCUCCCAGCUGAAGCUGGAAGGCUUUGCCCUCAUGGCAGACAUGGUCUAUGUUACCCAGUCGGCCGGGCGCCUCAUGCGCGCCAUCUUCGAGAUCGUCCUCAACCGCGGCUGGGCCCAGCUCACUGACAAGACCCUCAACCUCUGCAAGAUGAUUGACAAACGGAUGUGGCAAUCCAUGUGUCCCCUGCGCCAGUUCAAGAAGCUGCCUGAAGAAGUGGUGAAGAAGAUUGAGAAGAAGAAUUUCCCCUUUGAGCGACUCUAUGACCUGAACCACAACGAGAUCGGAGAGCUGAUCAGGAUGCCCAAGAUGGGCAAAACAAUCCAUAAAUAUGUUCACCUCUUCCCAAAGCUGGAGCUCUCAGUCCACCUCCAGCCCAUCACCCGUUCCACCCUCAAAGUGGAGCUCACCAUUGCCCCCGACUUCCAGUGGGAUGAAAAGGUCCAUGGAUCAUCUGAAGCUUUCUGGAUCCUGCUGGAGGAUGAGGACACCUGUGAGACCCAACUGCCCGUGUCCUUCCGCCACCUGAUCCUACCUGAGAAGUAUCCUCCUCCCACUGAGCUCCUGGACCUGCAGCCUCUGCCUGUCUCGGCCCUGAGGAACAGCGCCUUCGAGAGCCUCUACCAAGACAAGUUCCCCUUCUUCAACCCCAUCCAGACUCAAGUGUUUAACACAGUUUACAACAGUGAUGACAACGUCUUUGUGGGUGCCCCCACUGGAAGUGGAAAGACCAUCUGUGCAGAAUUUGCCAUCCUGAGGAUGUUGCUCCAGAACUCAGAAGGACGUUGUGUCUACAUCACCCCCAUGGAGGCCCUGGCAGAGCAGGUUUUCAUGGACUGGUACGAGAAGUUCCAGGAACGUCUCAAUAAGAAGGUGGUUUUGUUGACGGGAGAGACCAGCACAGACCUGAAGCUCUUGGGCAAAGGGAACAUCAUCAUCAGCACCCCUGAGAAGUGGGACAUCCUCUCCCGACGCUGGAAACAACGCAAGAAUGUCCAGAAUGUCAACCUCUUCAUCGUGGAUGAAGUUCAUCUCAUUGGGGGAGAAAAUGGGCCCGUGCUGGAGGUCAUCUGCUCCCGGAUGCGCUACAUCUCCUCCCAGAUCGAGCGACCCAUCCGGAUCGUGGCCCUCAGCUCCUCCCUGUCCAACGCCAAGGAUGUGGCUCACUGGUUGGGCUGCAGUGCCACGUCCACCUUCAACUUCCACCCCAACGUCCGUCCCGUCCCCUUGGAGCUUCACAUUCAGGGCUUCAACAUCAGCCACACCCAGACUCGUCUCCUCUCCAUGGCCAAGCCUGUCUACCACGCCAUCAUGAAGCACUCCCCCAAGAAGCCUGUCAUUGUCUUUGUCCCCUCCCGCAAGCAGACGCGCUUGACGGCCAUCAACAUCCUCACCACCUGCGCCUCCGACGUCCAGCGCCACAGGUUCCUACACUGUGCUGAGAAGGACCUGGUGCCCUACCUGGACAAGCUGAACGACAACACCCUGAAGGAGACCCUGGUCAAUGGGGUGGGCUACCUGCACGAGGGGCUGACCCCCAUGGAACGGCGUGUGGUGGAGCAGCUCUUCAGCUCUGGUGCAGUGCAGGUGAUGGUGGCCUCUCGCAGCCUCUGCUGGGGCAUGAACAUCUCUGCCCACCUGGUGAUCAUCAUGGACACCCAGUACUACAACGGCAAGAUCCACGCGUAUGUGGAUUACCCCAUCUAUGAUGUCCUGCAGAUGGUGGGUCACGCCAACCGCCCGUUGCAGGACGACGAGGGACGUUGUGUCAUCAUGUGCCAGGGGUCCAAGAAGGAUUUCUUCAAGAAGUUCCUCUAUGAGCCCCUCCCAGUGGAGUCCCACCUGGACCACUGCAUGCAUGACCACUUCAACGCUGAGAUUGUCACCAAGACCAUUGAGAACAAGCAGGAUGCUGUGGAUUAUCUCACCUGGACCUUCCUCUACCGCAGGAUGACCCAAAACCCCAACUACUACAACCUCCAAGGUGUGUCCCACAGGCACCUCUCAGAUCAUCUCUCUGAGCUGGUGGAGCAGACCCUGAGUGACCUGGAACAGUCCAAGUGCAUCAGCAUUGAGGAUGAGAUGGACGUGGCUCCUCUGAACCUGGGGAUGAUUGCUGCCUACUACUACAUCAACUACACCACCAUUGAGCUCUUCAGCAUGUCCCUCAAUGCCAAGACCAAGGUGAGAGGGUUGAUUGAAAUCAUCUCCAACGCUGCUGAGUAUGAGAACAUCCCCAUCAGGCACCACGAGGACAACCUGCUGCGCCAGCUGUCCCAAAAAGUUCCCCACAAACUGACCAACCCCAAGUUCAACGAUCCCCAUGUCAAGACCAACCUGCUGCUCCAGGCUCACCUGUCCCGCAUGCAGCUGAGCGCGGAGCUGCAGUCGGACACCGAGGAGAUCCUCAGCAAGGCCAUCAGGCUGAUCCAGGCCUGUGUGGACGUGCUCUCCAGCAAUGGUUGGCUCAGCCCUGCUCUGGCUGCCAUGGAGCUGGCACAGAUGGUGACCCAGGCCAUGUGGUCCAAGGAUUCCUACCUCAAGCAGCUCCCUCACUUCACCUCGGAGCACAUCAAGCGCUGCACGGACAAGGGGGUGGAGAGCGUGUUUGACAUCAUGGAGAUGGAGGACGAGGAGCGCACGGGGCUGCUCCAGCUCUCGGACGCACAAAUCGCCGACGUCGCCCGGUUCUGCAACCGGUACCCGAACAUCGAGCUGUCCUACGAGGUGGUGGAGAAGGACACCAUCCGCAGUGGGGGCCCCGUGGUGGUGCUGGUGCAACUGGAGCGUGAAGAGGAGGUGACUGGGCCGGUCAUCGCUCCCCUUUUCCCCCAGAAACGAGAGGAGGGCUGGUGGGUGGUGAUUGGAGACUCCAAAUCCAACAGCCUCAUCUCCAUCAAGCGCCUGACGCUGCAGCAGAAAGCCAAGGUGAAGCUGGAUUUCGUGGCUCCUGCCACAGGGACUCACAAUUACACCUUGUACUUCAUGAGCGAUGCCUACAUGGGCUGCGACCAGGAGUACAAGUUCAGUGUGGAUGUGAAGGAGGCAGAGAGUGACAGUGACUCCGACUAA